GGGAUAUCGAGAGAGAUAAUGGCAUCUGGCGAGAGUGUGAGUGAGGAGGCGGUGAGAGAGGCCGAGGAGACGAAGGAGAGAGCAAACACUUACUUCAAAGCCGGAGACUACGAGAAUGCUGUACAAUAUUACACAAGAGCUAUUGACUUGAAUCCAAAUGUUGCUUCGUAUUACGGAAAUCGUAGCAUUGCCAAUCUUCGUAUCGAGUGCUAUGGAUAUGCGUUGAAUGAUGCAACAAGAGCAAUCGAACUCGACGGAAUGUACUUGAAGGGAUACUAUAGACGAGCAGCUUCUAACAUGGCACUGGGAAAGCUGAAACUUAGCCUCAAAGACUUUGAGACAGUUGUCAAAGCUAGACCAAGAGACAAGGAUGCUAGAGAGAAAUAUCUUCAAUGCCAAAAGAUAGUCAAGCAGCAGGCAUUCGAAAGAGCAAUAGCAGUUGAAACUGGACCCCAGAAAUCUGUGUCUGAAACUAUCAAUGUCGACAGCAUUGAGGUGGAAGGUUCGUAUGAUGGUCCACGGUUAGAAGAGAAUAUUACCGCAGAAUUCAUGACUGAUCUUCUAGCCUUUUUCAAAGAUCAGAAACGUUUACACAGAAAGUAUGCAUAUAAGAUCUUAUUGGCUGUCGAAGAGUGUUUUCGAUCGAUGUCAACUCUGGAAGAGAUAGAAGUACCAGACGGCUCAAAGUUUAACGUGUGUGGUGACAUACAUGGUCAGUUCUAUGAUCUCCUCAAUAUCUUUGAACUCAAUGGUAGGCCAUCGCCUGAAAAUCCUUACCUGUUUAAUGGAGAUUUUGUGGAUCGAGGCUCAUUUUCAGUUGAAGUUAUUCUUACUCUGUUUGGAUACAAAAUGCUGUAUCCAGAGCACUUUUUUAUGUCACGAGGCAAUCAUGAAAGUGUAAAUAUGAAUGAAAUGUAUGGCUUCUUUGGGGAAGUGAAAUCAAAGUAUAAUGCGCAAAUGGCUAAUCUUUUUACUGAAAUUUACAACUGGUUGCCUUUGUGCCACUUGAUUAAUCGAAGAGUUUUGGUAAUGCAUGGUGGACUAUUUAGUCGAGAUGAUGUUACUAUAGAUGAUAUUCGUCAAGUAGACAGACACAGGGAACCACCUGAUGAAGGGAUUAUGUGUGAACUCCUUUGGUCUGAUCCACAACCACAGCCGGGACGUUCAUCAAGUAAACGUGGAGUUGGAGUCCAAUUCGGCCCUGAUGUUACAGAAAAUUUCUGUCGUAGGAAUAAUCUUGAUUACGUUAUUCGAAGCCACGAGGUAAAGCAAGAUGGAUACGAAGUAGCUCACAAUGGAAAGUGCAUUACAGUAUUUUCUGCACCAAACUACUGCGACCAGAUGGGUAACAAGGGCGCAUUUAUUACGAUGACAUCAGACUUGAAGCCGCAGUUUACGACAUAUGAUGCAGUGCCUCAUCCUGAUGUGAAACCUAUGGCCUAUGCUGGUUCACUUAUGAGUCUCUUGGGCUUGCUUUGACGUUAUCAUCAAUGUAUGCCAUUGAUUCAUACAAAUGGCUUGAAGAAGACAUGAACCACGGUUGGUCAUUGUAGCAUGUAUGUGUAGUAUGACAUUAGUCAAAUUAAUUAUAUUGUUAUUUUUAAUUGAAAUGACAAUAGAUGAUGUGCUAUUUUGAAACACAAUAAAUAUUUGUGACAUGUA